AUGGACCAACAAGGAGAAGCGUCUGAGAAGGAAGCUGGCAGAGUCGGGGAUUCUGGUCUUUAUGCAGAAGACGAGAAAUGGAAAAUCUCACCAGCCGGGUGUACAGCACCGUUUAAUGGAGUAGCUGGAGUAAGGCAAGAGGCUACGGCAGAAGCUUUCCUGCCCAACUUCUCCAUUGAUGACAUCGUGGGAAGAACAGUCGAUCAGUGUCCUUCUGACAUAGUCUUAGCACAAUCAGGAUGCCCUUUGACCGAUCUCGAGCAUGUCGACAAUUUUGUUAUAUUCGCAAAAAGCAGUGCAAAACUUCGACAUGUUGUUAACCUUGUAUCGAAACUAGCUUCAGCCUGGGGAUUUCGCCAGUGUCCUAAUAAGUACAAGCAGAUGUGA